AUGGGACCGAAAAGAUUACGGGACGUUCUUCAUUACUUUUGGAAAAAGGCAAGCGACUAAUUUUGAAAGAAGCGUCAUAUACGGAUAUAAAGUCCUCUUUGACGCUCACUGUCUCGAGGAUUGCUGUUUGGAACGUGAUAAGUACAUAA